AUGGUGGGAGUGCUUUUCAUUGUUAAUGUACCACAAAAAGAGUACGAGAAGGAAUUAAGAUUGAAAGAUAAAUCUUCAAAAAUCGUCACGGAAAAAGAGAAAUAUGAGAAAGCGUCAAAAGUGAUACACGAAAUGAAAAAGAAUAAACGAUUUGGAAGUAUCAAGUCGUCCAUAGAAUCGUAUGCCACCGACGAUGAUAGUAGCAUCGUCAUAUCAAAAUGUCGUUCCACAGACUGCUUAAAUAAAAAUGAGAAUGAAGGUUUGUUUAAAUCUAAAAGUGAAAAUACAUUAAAUGAUGUAUCACACGAAGGAGGUUGUAAAUCCUCGUGGGAGGAGGUGAAGCAAGUUAUAAAACCGAAAAAAAAUAAAUUGAAUAUAACCAAACCUGCUCGAGGGGUCGACAUUCUAGGAGCAUUUCAUUGGGACACGCCACUUGAAACUAUAUUAUCGGAAAUAUUAACACGGCUCGAUAUUAACAGUGCAUCAUGGACCGCGACGAAAGGAAACAAAUUUUGGAAGGUUACAUUCAGCUUAAAAUCCGGCAACCUCUGCGAAGAACUUCUUCAAGUACUGAGAACUUUUGGCAUUGGGAGCCGAGGUCAGUCUUCUAUGAGUGUACUACCGUGCACUCUCUAUUACAAGGCAAACACUUCUGAAGAAGACACGGAAACUAAAGAAGAUAUUUGGAAUGAUAACUCUAUGUGGUCUCGUCUGUCCUCGUCUGUUCGAGCGAGGAACCAUCUACCACAGAUUCUACUCGCGGUACGUUCUGAGGCCUCUCUGACCUUCGACUGGCUGUUUCUCCUUGUGGUGGCUGCUUUCGUCUCCGCCAUUGGUCUAGUAGAAAAUUCAACAGUCAUAUUAGUUGCUAGUAUGCUCAUUUCUCCUCUUAUGGGUCCAAUAACCGCUGGAACCCUAGGCACCGCAGUAUGCGAUCGUUCAUUGCAACGAAUGGGACUGAUGCACGAGAUGUUAGGUCUAUUCCUUUCACUUGUCAUCGGAUUCAUCUUCGGCCUCAGCAUCUGUGCCGUCGAUGAACACUACGGUGUAGGAGACUGGCCUACUUCUGAAAUGGUUUCCAGGUGUGAAAUCCGUUCUCUUUGGGUGGGUGUACUGGUGGCUCUGCCAAGCGGAGCUGCUGUAGCGUUGGCUGUGCUGAGCGAAUAUACAGCUUCUCUAGUUGGAGUCGCCAUAUCAGCAUCUCUACUGCCACCUGCUGUCAAUGCUGGUCUUCUCUGGUCGAUGUCUUUGGUCCACAUCAUAUACGCCAGCGACGACACCAAAUGGAACGGCGUCAUAACCACUUCAUAUUACAGCGAAAAUCCAGCCACAGAACUGGCGCUACUGGGGACAGUAUCACUUUGCCUCACACUCGUUAAUAUUCUUUGCAUCUUCUUAGCUGGAGUGGCAGUCUACAAGGUAAAAGAAGUUCGUCCUUUGGAAAAACGGGACAUUCCAUGGUGGCAGGCUAACAAAGAUCUUCAAAUUCCUAAACAUAAUAAUGACGGUCCUACAAAUUGGGAAAUAUAUAGCAAAUGGUGCAAUGACCCUAUUGAAACCAAUCCUCUCCAAACUCAUACAGAUAAUAAUUACCAGAUACAGAGCGACACAGUGACAUACAGAAAACAUAAUUUAAUACAACGACCAAAAGCUCAUAAUAUCGAGGACUACUUGCAGAAGACGCAGAACAGUGAAAGUUAUACAUCUAUGAACGCAGUUUUACAACCAGUUAAUAAUACAGAAAAGAAAACCUCUGAAAAUAAAGAAGCAGUAGAAGUACCGAGUAUUUUAUCAAAUGCUGAUUCAAUAGAAAAUAACGCAACGCCAUACACUGGACGUGUUCGGGACAGCUUUAAUUACUUUAAUUUUGGAUAUGAAGACAAAGAUGAUAAGAAUUCCAAAAGUGACUCUUACUACCCAACAAUACAGCCCUCUGUGAAUCUUACCAUAGAUGCAAAAACGCAUGGCAUAGUUUUGGGAACUAAGUCUUUCCAUGUGUAA